AUGAAUGACUUGCUCACGGAUUCUUUUGUUGGUGAUUCCAAAGGCCACCGUCCUAUCGAAGAUGAUAUUGAAAUGGGGAUAAGGGUUCCAAGGAGCAACUCUGAUAUGGGAAUGGAAGCUUUCAAUAAGCAGAUACAAGAGGUUGAGAAACAGCUCGAUAAGAUUAAUGGGCUGCUUAAGAAUCUGAAGGUAGAUAUGUGCUGUGGGCACAGUGUAGCUGAUCUUCUAGUCAUGAUUUCAGUUGUCAGAGAAGCGAAUGAAGACUCAAAAUCUGUAACAAAAGCAUCUGCCAUGAAAGCUAUCAAGAAGCGAAUGGAAAAAGAUGUUGAUGAAGUGGGUAAAAUUGCACGUAAUGUCAAAGAAAAAAUAGUAGCAAUAAACAAAGAUUGCCAUAACAACGAGGUUCAGGGAUCUAAUGGCAGAGUUCCAGGUAGAUCUUCACCCCGAGCAGGUUACUUUGUAACCCUAAGACAAAAGAUUCAAGAUGAAUAUCGUGAGGUUGUGGAGAGAAGGGUUAUUACAGUUACAGGAACCAGACCAGACGAAGAGACGAUUGACCAACUGAUUGAAACUGGAAACAGCGAGCAAAUCUUUCAGAAAGCAAUUCAAGAACAGGGCCGUGGAGAGGUGCUAAACACCUUGGAAGAAAUCCAGGAGAGACACGAUGCAGUAAAAGAAAUUGAGAAAAAGCUUCUAGAAUUGAAAGAGAUUUUUGGUGACUUGGCUGUUCUGGUCGAUGCCCAAGGAGAGAUCCUAGAUAACAUAGAAAGUCAGGACUUGCUAGCUUUGUGGCAAGAUUGUGGUGUUGCUUGGCAUUGCAUUAAUGAAAAUGUUACUCAGGUUGCAAAUGCAGUCAAUCAUGUCCAGUCAGGGACAACUGCACUUCAAACUGCAAAGAAACUCCAGAAGAAUUCUCGAAAAUGGAUGUGCAUUGCCAUUAUAAUUCUUUUACUUAUAGUAGCCAUUAUAGUCGUCGGUGUCAUCAAACCUUGGAAAAGUAACAAGGGUGCUUGA